GCGGCAUCGCCCAAGACUUGUUCCACCACCCAACAGAGCGCCAUUUCUACGAGUCGGAUUUAAUCGGCUUCCUUGAUGACUGGUCGCGCGACAUCCACACGCACGCACGUUUCCUUCAAGCUAAGAAAUCCCAACCUCGCUUGACGAUACCGACCCUCUUCGCAGAGGACGUCCUUGGCUGGAAAGGCAUGCGCUGCUCGAACGCCGAUGGAGGAUGCGUAAACAUGCCGUCGCCCGGGUACAUCCGUGAGCAGUUUCCGAACGAGCGUCUUAAAGCACGCAACGUCGCCAUGGCGCUGGAAAUUGCCCGAGCGACCUAUGCUCGAACGGACGUUACUCGCAAGAUCGUGCGCACCGCUAAGGACAGAUUGGAUGGGUAAGAACCUUGUCUACCCCCACUCUAGCUAUGUCGAAUGUGGUCUAACUGUGCUCUUGCGUCUAGGAAAUGCGACGAAUUCUCUCGAGUAUUCUUCCACGAGGCUACCCACCACAAGCAGCAUCUUUGCGCCCAACAGAUCGUUGCUAUCAUUCUGGCCAUCCUUGCCGCCAUCGCUACAGUCAUUACACUAGGUGAAGCAGCCUGGACACUUGUUUUUAGUGCCGAGCUCCUGGGUGAAGUGGCUAUCGAGGCUGCCGUCGAGGCUGGUGUUGAAGCCGCUGUUGAAGCCGGUGUCGAAGCUGGCGUUGAAGCCGGUGUAGAGGCAGGCAUCGAGGCCGGUGCUGCCGCUGCUGAAAUUGCUACUGAGUCAAUCGUCGAGGAUGUGACGAGCGUUCUAGUGGGCAAUGUCGCCGCAGACGUUGCCCCUGAGACCCUUGCUGGGACGGCAGUUGAAGUAGCGAGCGAAGUCACAGGUGAGAUCUCCAGCGAAUUGGGGGCUAACAUGGCCACACAAGUCGGCACCAAACUGCAGCUCGAUGGCAUAGGGCGGACCGUCUACUACGGCGGGAUUUUCGAGAACCUCGAGGGCGAUCUCGAUCCCAUUGUCGAAGCGGCCGAAUUUGGCUCCAAAGCGGCAUCCGAAGCAGCAUCCAAAUUAUCCCAAAGCCUCCGCCCGUCGCGAUUACGCCCUCCUAGACUUAGCAGCAAUCCCGAUCGCUAUGCCAACCCCCCUAUGAGAAUGUACGCACGCCCGCCCCAGGUGAGAUACAACGCAAGACUGAAUCCGCAAUUCAAAUCGCCUUCUCUGCCACCGCACACGACGAAGGUUGACUGGAGUAUCUAGCGCCAAAUGAGUUGUACGGUCAAAAGCGCGUGGGAAGCUUUAAAAUCCGUAAUAACGCAUUUGUACACUCCGUACAUUUCCGGCUCCGUGGCAGGAGGGGGACUAACAGCAGGCAUGGCUGCGUUGGCUGCCGCGGGAGGUCGCUCAAAACACCUAGCGGCACCUU